ACGAAGCUUAGUAGCUUGUUGCUUUUCAGCUUGAAACGAUGAUGAACCAACUGGCAAGUAUGAUAUCGUCUUAUUAACUGAACGAACGUAAAUUCUGUUUCAGGAAAUUAAAAUCGUAGUAAGCCAAUGUACCUGAUCUUGAUUUCACCGAAAGUGCAGGAAACGUUUUCUCAUUCUGAUUUAAGCGGCAGUGCGUCCAAGGAUGAAUAAUACAUACAAAAUAUCUUAUCCCUGGAUUAAUUUUUAGUAUAAUAACAGAAUAAUCGACCGGUCAAAGAGCAAAAUAUUGGUAAUAUAAAUAUAAGCAUACAUAGUAUAAAUUUGUAUUUGAAUUUCGUGUUGAAUUUAAAAGGGCACUGAUGCUAUAAUAGCAUUGGAAGGUAAUAAGAUGUAUCUUUUUUGACUACAGGUGCCUGAGGAAAAAAGCGAUCUUUAAUAACAACCGACAAACAAAGAAAUAAAUCAGGGACAUACCACAGUUUGUUAACGACCAUGGAGAACGUUAAGAGAUUAAUAGACGAUCUGAUUGGUGCUGGAAAGAAAGAAAAGUGUAGAGAACAAAUAUUAGCAGAGACAGAACCUUUAUUUAUUAUAUUAACUCAUUUUGCUCGCGUGGAGAAAGAGCUGAGGGACCUUCGUGUGAGAAACAAAGAUAUCGAGGAUCUGAGAGCAAAAAUCAAGGACUUGCAGAAGCAACACCUGAUUGAAAUGAGAAACACACACGAAACCAUAAACGGUCUGAUUCAUGUAGUCUCAAGUAUCAUGGCCGAAAACGUAAAUCUGAAGCAGCAGAUUCAGAGCUUUUGUGCCUGCCACUAUCAGGAAUUGGCGCCAACCUGCAGUGAGAACUGGGACGAGGAUUGCAGCGGCCAGGGCGCUGACCAAGGCAGAUUAGACGAGGCAGACGAAGUUUCGGCUCGUACCUCUGAAAAUGCCGAGGCUGUUCGUUCUCCAGGUGCGGUCGAACAUUCAGAGACCGGUCUUCCGAGGCUCAAGGAGUUCGAGCCGCUCCAACUUCUGGGGAGAGGAGGUUAUGGAAGAGUGUACCUAGUGCGGAAGAUCGGCGGCGUGGAUGAUGGGAAUUUGUAUGCUUUAAAUACGUUAGACAUUAAAGAAAUUACGUCUUAUGAGGCUGGCCGCCAGCAGUAUCGAACCGAACGAGGGUUACUUGAGAAGGGCCUGGAGGCUCCAUUCAUGGUGGGACUGUACUAUGCAUUCCAGACACAAUCGAAGUUGUGCCUCGUACUAGACUAUUAUGCAGGUGGCAACCUGCUCCAUCUGUUGCGGGAGUGGGGAGGAGUGUUUUCAGUUGAUGAAACAAGAUUGUACCUGGCAGAAAUCAUUGAGGCUGUGGAGUAUCUGCAUAAGAACUGAUUUUCAACACUCUGGGACAGUCCAAACUUCCUCAGCUCUGUGACUGAUAUUUUCACUUAAAAAACUGUAGCAUGGAACUGAAUAAAAGGCUGUGAUAAAAGCUCA